AGAAGCGAGGAGGACAGAACUAGACAAUCAAGCAAGACAAUCUAAAUUUAAAGCCAAAUUUCACCUCUUUUCCUGCAUCGAUUCUCAUCAUUUCACCGCUUAAAGCAAAAUUAAUGUUUUAAAGGGUGGUUGAGAACCUUAAAAUCAUGAGAGGGCCAGAGGAGGUGAAGAAUGCUGAAGCUGAUAGCUCGUCUUCUCGUGAAGGAGGAAGCGAAGGGAAUGAAGGAAGGGAUCCUUGCUCUAGCCCUCCCUGUAAAAGACUAAAACAAGCUGUUUUGAAUUUUGAAUCCAACACGGCAACAAGCAAUGGUAUUCCUCCUCCCUCUUCGCCUUCACUUCCAAAACUCUCCAAUGGAGUCCCAACAGAAGUCAUUGUCAUUGAUGAUGAAAAUAGAGCUCCAAACUUCGGAGGUCUUGUGACUGCUGCACCAUCCCCACCUGACAAAGGACAAGUUAAGCCACAAUCUUCAGAUGUGGAGUCUAGCACUACUAAGGAUCAAAAGGAGGACGAAAAACAACUUAAUAUUUCUAAUUUCACAGUACCCAUUGAUAAGCUCAAUGAUUCCCAUGAAUCUGAUAAUCAAGAAAUUCCUUGCUCCCCCACACAAACAAGUCCUAAUGAUGCAAAGACGUCCCCAAAACCUACCAGUGCAGAGAAAAAGAAAUGUAAGGAAGAAAUACAGAAAAUGAAAGAAGAAAAGCAAAAACUUAAAGAGGAGAAGGAGAGGCAAAGACUGGAAGCAAAGGCUCAGAAGGAGAAGGAGAGACUAGAAGCAAAACAGAAGAAAGAGCAAGAACGAUUAGAAAAACAAGCAGAAAAAGAGAAAAAGGAAAAAGAAAGAUUAGAGAAGAAACAAAAAGAAGAAAAGGAAAAACAAGAAAAGAAAGAGAAAAAGGAAGAAGAACGAAGGAAGAAAGAGGAAGAAAUAAAUGCAAAAUUAGAAGAAAAAAGAAAAAAAGAAGAAGAAAAGAAGCAACAAGAAGAGGAAUUGAAAAGGAAGAAAAAGCAAGCAAGUCUCUCAUUCAAAAACUUUUUUACAAAAACUACAUCUGCCCCACCCAAGGUAAGAAAAACAAAUAUAUUUCUUAAAGAAGUGCAUUUAGAAGUGCAAAUAAAUAAGCUGUUCUAA